AUGCUAGAUACCAAUGCCAAAGAAUCUGUGGCUAAUGCUGGUGGAUCUGUGGCUUCUCCGGGUAUUAAACAAGAGCUUGCCAUGAUGAAUCACAAUUUGGGAGAACUGCUGCGCGAAAGAAAUGCCAUGCAACAGCAGCUCGACGCCAACCGUCAGGAAAUCCAGUCACUCAAAGCAGACAUACAGGAUAUCAAAUCGGGCCAACACAGAAAUGUUGGAAAUCAGAAUGAUAUUCUGAUGUCAGUUCGAGCAAUUUCUCAGUCACUGAAUCGGCUGCAGUUACAACCACAGAGACGACAACCCAACCAACCUCCUAGGUAA